AUGUCUUUGUUCUCAAUUUUAAGCUUUUCUGCCUGCUCUUUUGUUCAAGGUGCUUCUUCUGCUAAUGUGUCUCUUUUGACAUCCAGUCUGCACCUAGGACUUUUGUCAUCCAGUCUAUGUGUCUUUGCCAGUCUACAUGUCUUUGCCAGUUUAUGCCUCUUUUGUCAAGUGUGGUGUACUGACUACAUUCUCAACUUUUCUGCCUGCUCUCCCUCAUCAGCAGCCAUGGCCCGCACCAAGAUGACCACCAAGAAGUCAAACAGUGGCUCAGCACCAUGCAUCCUCCUCAAGGCCUCAAGAACACAUGUUUCUGGAGGACAAGGCCAGCACAAGAAGGCUUUGUCUACUACCAAGGGUACCUUACCUGUGGGAGGUGGCAACUUAGAGAAGAGUUUUGUUCACAAUGAGUUUUGCAUCAUCUGCAGGGAUGGUGCAGAGCACUCUGAAGAGAAUACUCUCUUCAUGUGUGCUCUGUGUCCCAGAGUAGUCUGCAAAAUGUGCCUGCAGUUGCCACCUGACAUGCAUACUAAAGUCCUGCAAGAGGACAUCUCAUUCAGGUGUAUUUGUUGCCAUAUCAAAAUGGAACAAUGCUGCACCUACUUUGGUUUCUAUAACACCAAUGGCCUUCCAUCGUUGGACAGGUUCUUGGCCAUCAAUGGUGCACUUGAGCCUUACUUCACUGGCAGCAGCAUUCAAUAUCUCGAGAUCUACUACGACAUCACUACAGAUGCCAAGCUUGCCCCCUACCGAACUCAAGUGCGCCAGAUGAUCAAAGGUUUGGGGAAAUCAUUUACCUGGGAGCACGUUGUCAUUGGCAUGUCCACUCACACUGACAACCAAUUCGGAGACCCUUUUACCGGGUAUGGGGAUGAUGAUCCAAAGGGCUAUGUCAGCACUCCAGUCAAUGAUUUCUUGGAAAUUCUUCUCCACCCCUGGCAAGAUGCUGUUCUUCAACACAACUUGACCACUACCAUGGCAUUCAAUGCCCCUUGCUUUCAACCAUCUUUUGCCUCCCAUUUGCUCCUUGCAUUCACAGAGAAGGUUCUCAUUGGACAGUGCCCAAUUCGGUUGGCAUUCAAGGAUAUGCCUGCACAGUCCUGUGACCUUGGCCACCACUCUGAUGUAUUUCUGCUAACACCUGUCAUGGAGGGAGCCCUCAAGAUCUCUAGGUUUGCAUGGGCUCAUUUGGAGUUCCAUCCAUGGGGCAACCACCUGCCUAUCCAAUGCAGUGGAUGUGGUUGGGCUAAUUCAUGGCGGUCUGCCUUUGUCAAUGGGAGCAAGGACAAGAGUUACAUUUUUGAGUGCAAAAAUGACUCUUGCAAUGCUGUUUUGGAUGAGCACAAGAUUUCCUAUGUUUCAGCUAAAGGAAACCCUGCUGAGAGGGCAAAAAUCCUCAAAAACAUCAAAGAUACUAUACUUGAAAGCAAUGAGGCUAAGGAUCCUUCAACUAUGCUUCCAGGCAAUAACAUUCAGAAGGCUAUCCAUACAUAUUACUUGCAUUUUCUGGAGGACAAUGAGGACUGUGAUCUUGAGCAAAAAAUCAUUGAGGGAGCUCAUAAACUCACAUCUGGUGCAGGCAUCAUCACUGUAGAUAUGGUCAAAGACUGUCAGGAUGAUAAGCCUCUGGAUGCUGCAGCAUUCAAGACUGAAUUCUUGACUUUUGAUGUCGCCCAGAAAUUGUUCAAAGAAGAAAUUAGGGAGUAUGACAAAAAGCACCAUGACACCUCUGACCUAAGGUCCAUGGGGACAAGGACAAAGCUGGUCCAGUCCUGGUACAAUGCCCUGUCACCAGAUGUGCAUGAGGAGCUCAGACUUGUGGCAGAAAAGUGGAACCAGGAAGGUCCUCAUUCCGAUGCCAAGGACAGCUGGGAAUCCUGUCCCAGGACUGCGAAGAAAACUUUUACUCUGGCUUCCAAAGAAAACAAGAAAUGGGCUGGAGAGUUGCAAGACCGACUUGCUGACUGGCUGAAUGAAGCCAAGUACACAACAGGCAUAGACCCUGAGGACCAAUCUGAUGAGGAAGAUGAGAAGUUACCCAAUUUAACAGUGGAUGUAGAUGAUGAGGGCUAUCCUUGCCUACCAACAGGCUUUGAAUCUCUCAUGCUCAAGAACCAGCAGAAGUUUAUUGGGUAUAAGGAAGGUGACUUCUAUGAUUCACUGGCUAAGAAGGGGGAUCAAACUCCAGAUCCUAAGGGCAAGGCUAGGAAGCAGCAUCUGCCUGUCUGGGCAUCUUGGACAUGGUCUGAGGCAUAUCUACCUCAAAAUAUGCACAAUGAUGUUCAGGCAUCCUUUGUGGCUUUGGAGGAAAUAGGCAACUAUAUCAUCAAAUCUCAUGGUUGGGGUAUGAUUGUUGUCCUGGGCCUUGGACUCCUCCUUCAUGAGUGUCAACGCGCUCAGGAGUAUGAAGCAGAUGAGGCUGGAGAUGAUGUGCCUCAAUAUUUGAGUGACUCCAUCCUUGGCUUUGAGGUGAAGGUGGACGCAAUGCUGCCAGAUGAUAAUGAGAAGCAGAUGACAGUGGGGGAAGAAGUUCAUAUGAGGUGUCUGGAGAACAAAAGGCAGGUGAAAGAGAGGAGGGAGGUGGAGCAGGCAUGGUUGGCAGAGGAAAAGAGGGUAACUGAGAAAAAGAGGGUGGCUGAGGAAAAGAGGGUGGCUGAGGAGGCUCAGGUUGCUCAGGAGAAGAAGGCUGCUAAGGAAAAGAGGGUUGCUGAGGUGUCUCAGAUGACUGAGGAGAGGGCUGCCACAUCAAAGAAGGCAAGCAGUACUAACACUGGGGGAAAAGGGAAGGGGCAGGGGCAGCCACCACUGAACACUUUUUGGACCAUUGGGCCAGCCGGUCUGUGCAGAUAUGGCCAGCCAGGCUACUGA